AUGCCACCACCAGUAUCAUCUCAACCAUCCACAACUGUUCCAGUCUCAAUCCCUAUUUUCACCAAAUCCACCAUCUCGCACCACACCUCAGCUACACCUAUAAGUUCAGUCAACGAACUCAAAUAUCUUCAUGAGAAGAUUAAUCAAUUGCUUCUCGAAUCCAAAGCCUCCACCUCUGAAGCUUACUCCAAAACUACUGUUGAAUCAAUCCUUGAGCGAGUAACAAAGGAACACUCUACCAAUGUCUCUAGUUUAUCUAAGGUAGUUUCUGAUUCUACUGAUGUCUGCAAGCCAACGACCGAAAAAGUCGAUAAAAUAUCUGCCAACACAAUGGAAUUCAUGGAAGAUUACAAAACCACUUAUAACUCCAACACAGUAGCUGCAAACAAGGCUAUUCAGAACGUUGGUCUUUUAUUUCAAACUGAAAAGUCAAACUUUGUUGAGCUUCACAAGGCACUUAAGUCUGAUCAUGAAGCAUUUCAAUCUUCUAUCACUGAGAAAAUAACAAAGCUUCAGGCGGAUCUUGUAACAGAAAGUAAAAUCAUGGAUGCCCUUUCCAUCAAGGAAGAAAAAUACAAGGUGUUGGAAACGAAGCUUCAAUACACUCAUAAACAGGUCGAUGAUUUGAUAGCAGAGAAGGCAGUCACUUGCAGUUGUAUCUCUGAUGUCACUGAACUGCUCUCUGAUAUCAUUGAGACUCAUGAUCUAAUGACCUCCAUCACAUUGAAGAAGCAUUUAGCUGACAAGCUAAGACCGAUGUUUGCAAUGUUACAUCAUUUGGAGGGUGUUUCGCAACCAAUGUUUUUUUUUUCGAAACAAGGAGGAGAGGGUAGCUCCAAAGAUCAAACAAAUGUCCCCCCAGCUCCAGUUAAACUUCCUGUCAUCAAACAAGAACCAAACAAGAAAGAAAAUAUAUUUAAUGAAGAACCCAUUGUUGAUGAUAGUGAAGACGAAGAGCCUGAUGAAGCUGAUCUCAAAAGGUGGAAGGCUCACGAAGCAGAGAUUAAUGAUCAUGCUCGCAUCGUCAAAGAGGCAUAG